UGUACUUAUUUUGAUUAUUAUUAUUUCUCGAUUGUUUGUAAAUGUUGCAGUUCAUAAAUAAAGGUUAUUAAAACUCAAAAUAUAAAUACAAAUAAAAAAUAAAUAAAAAAUGAGUCAGCAGCCUACUUCUGGUAGGCGCUUGUCACAUGAUUCCGUUCCACCAAUCAAACGGAGCCUGGCAGUCACGUGACUUGGUUUGACCAAUCCAAUUUUUUUAAACCCGAGUGGCGGUGGAGCAUAACAAGCCGGUGGCGAGGGACUUUUUACACACGCCAAACAAGCACAAGGUACAGAUUUAAAAGCCGAAAUAGGUCAGUAUUUUAUAGUAUAUGAUGUAAUAGAAACCUACAUGUUUAAUAAGUGCCGGAAUGUUCCUAAAGAAGACAAUUUAAUCACGUGACAUGCCGUCAGCACAUGUUUGAGACCACUGUGUCACAGAUGGUCAUCGAGGAAGUGAGCGUCCUGCAGACUCAGCUGGAGAUCGAGAAGUCGUGUCGGGAGAACGCCGAGGCGCUCGCCACAAAGCUGAACUGCCAGAACAGGAAGUUGAAGUACCUGAGCUUGUCGUCGCGACCAUGUUUGGACGAGCUUCUCCCCAGCAUCACCGACUGCAUCGCCAUGGAAACGGAGGCCGAGCCGGCGGAGGAGGGCCCCGACACCUUUGCGCAGUACCAGCAACAGGUCAAAGAGCUGAGGGAGGCGGUGAGCAGCUUGUUGGAGGAGAAGAAGAACUUCCUGUGUCAAAUCAAUGAGCAGCAGAGAAAGAUGGAGGAGUUGACCACUCAGACGCAGCGAGAUGAGAACCGAAUGAAGGAACUCGGUGACGCCGUAGAACAACAACGUCAAACCAUCAAGAGGUUCCACAGAGUGUCCUUGAUGGCCACUGAGGAGUACGAGGGCAUGAAGGAGCAGCUGGACUUGGAGCAGAACCUUCGAGUCCGAGCGGAGACGUACGCACACCAGAUGUUGGUGAAGCAGAAGGAGGCCAGGCGCCAGAGCACGCUCCUCCUGCAGAGCGCGGAGCCCACCGUGCAGCUCCUGGGCGCCCUGGAGGAGGUGGCCGCCAUCACCAAAACCUUGGAGGAGCAGCGACUGCAGCAUCAGCAGACGGUGCGGGGCCUGGAGGCCCAGCUGGACGGCAGCAACAUGAAGAAGGAGAUGAAGGCUCUGCAGAGACAGGUGGAGCUGCUGGAGGACGAGAAGAAGGACAUGCAGGAACGACUGGAGCAGGCGGAGAAGGACAAGCUGCACCUGCACCACCAGCUCCACCAGCUGCAAAAUGUCGCCGCGACUACCGACACACCACCAACACCACCUCCUCCCCCUCCUACCCCGGCAACCGGCGUGGCCCCGCCCCCUGCGCCUCUCCCCCAGCCGCCGCCCCCUCCUCCCCCACCACCUCCCCCUCCUCCACCUCCCCCGUCGAGAUGCAACCCUCUCAGUUCUCUCAUCGCCAUCAUGAGGAAGACGUCCAAAGGCUCCAAAGCAUCUUUGAAGGCGGAGCAGCCGCCAGCGUCGGAGGGCGCGGAGGAGGUGAAGGUGAAGGCCGUCAACGAGAUGAUGGAGCGCAUCAAGCACGGCGUGGUCCUGCGGCCCGUCAAGACUCAGGACAGCAAGAGAGUUGCGGUCAAACAACCUCCAGCCAGCGAGGACAAAGCUCAGGAGAGCGCCAUGGACGAGCUGAAAGGCAUCCUGGAGACGGUGAAGAGGAGUCCAAGUCGAGGCUCACAGGAGGCGGCGCCAUCGCCAACGGGGAAGAAGGACAGCGAGCUGGAAGUCAUCCUCAGACGCCGCCGCAACAAAGCAGGAGCGAGCGCUUGUGACGAGCGCGACGACGGUCAAAUGAGUCACGUGUCGUCAUGUGACAGCUUGAACGGGCGGCGCACCAGCAGCGACUCCGGGAAGGAUCCGGACGGGUCCACCACGCCAUCCAACCUCCGGCCGGACUCAGAGAGGCGGGGCUCGGGGCCGGGACCCCUGGUGGCCAGGAGGAGGAGCUCCGACAAAGAGCCCCGCGUGGUGUCCUGGCAGGAGAGGAGGUCCGCGUGCUCCGUGUCCGACAAAGACCCCAUGGACUCGCCAGUCGGGAACGGCUGUGACCUCAGGUGGACCACCACAGCGUGUCAAUCAUUAACCGUCGGCGAGGACAACAGCGCCACAAAGACGCCUGUCCGCUCCAACGGCGUCCACAACGACAAGGAGCACGGCGAUGACGCGAGUGCCGCCGUCUUGGUCGGCGACAGCAACAGCGAGGUCGGGCAGUGAGUGUGGGCGUGGUCAAUAUGACGUCACAAAUCAUGCACACACACAAUAAUAAUAACAUAUUUAAACACUGAAAAAGUAACUGAGGUCACAUGACUGACGCUGUACUCAUCUUCCAGAACAAUCAGGGCUUGUUUUUUUAAAUGAAAGGCAACACAAUGCUGCCACCUGCUGGCCUUUGGAAAUAAUGCUGGUUUAAAAGAGGCUGUCCCUAAAGUCUGGACAUACAAAUACUCCCAUUCCUCUGGGAAACAUUCCAUCAAAUCCAUUAUUUGGCAUAACAAUUACAAUAAAACGUUUUUUUAAAACAGGU